AAUCUCGUCCGACGCGCGAUUUCUUUUGCCAAAGGCUGCAAUUGCAGGCCGCAGGCCAUCGCUUCUAUUAUCAUGCAGGAAAAGGAGGGGGGCGCGACUGCCCAUGCCAGUGUCUGGUGGUGUCUGACGUGGAACUAGCGGAAUGGAUCGGCCUUGUUUUCCGUGCUGGGGUGCGGUUGGGAGCGUAGCCACCGGCACCAAGCCCACCACUCCCGAGAAACAUUUACUUCAACACCCUGGGGUGCAGGCGUCGGUGGCUUUCGCCAGAAGCGUUCAUGUGGUGCUCAGCCCAGCUUGUGAGGUGCUGUCUGAAGCCAGUUUUGCCAACGUUCAGGUGACAGGCUCAUGCAAAAUAACCUUCGCAGGACACGAGCCCGCGCUCGCUUCCCUGGCAACGAACCCCGAAAUGCCCUCGGAACUGACCGGCAACCGAUCCCCCCUCGGGGCUCACAUUCCAGCCCUUGUUCGUUGCUAUCAUGCAAUCGACGCAGACAAUCUGGUUGGUGGAGGAUCCACCAUCUAGCGUCUCGUGCGUCAUGGCCUCGCUGCGCACGUGCCUCCUCCACCACUGCUACAUUGCUUAUCUCAGAAGUCCCCCGUGCGCUUGCUACACCACACCACCACCAGCGUGCUCCAGUAUUCCCGAUUAGUCAUGUAUUAGUUAAUCGUCCACCACCGUUCCAGAACUGGUCCUGCCGGUUUCGGCUCCGUGGGAAUGGCUCCCACCGCCGCUUCCUCGACUAUGACCAGAACGUCGACGCCAUUACCACUUUGGUUCUCAUAAGCCUGCUCGGUGGGCUCCGCAGUGCGCCCAGGCUUCCCACAAUGCCCAGCCAAGCCCACACCAGCCACUGCCUGGUUAUCCGCCUGGUUAUCCGCGAGCUUCCUCACGCGAACCAUCCCGGAACUGUCGUGGGCCCCAGACAGUUUUCCGGUGCUGCUACCCAAAGUUGGCCCCUCGGAUGCAAUUGUGUCCAAACCUGGCACUCGGAGGGUCGCAAUGUCCCGGGCUCAUGUAGAUGUUUUGAUGAAUGUGGUUAUGAAACAUUGAAAGACCGCGACGAAUGUUCGUCACUGAUGGCCAGAACCCUGGCCCAUCGCGAACCCACCGCGAGCAUUGGCCUGCUCGUGUCUUGACAAUGUGGAGGUGCUGUCAUUUCGGUGCCAUCUCCGCCUUGGAAGCUAGUCUUUAUCUCAAACUCUAUCACAAUAAGUCGGUUAGCCUUUUGUGCAUGAAAAUCCGCUCACUUUGGUAUGGAUGGAUUCAGAUGGGCAUCUAGACAUCAAAGUAGGCUUAUGUGGGGGAACUCGCGAUUGAGCAGCGACACUGGAUUAGAGUUGAGUUCACCGAUUGAGAAAGAUACUUUAAUGCAACUGGUGUGGAUUUUUCAACAACUCCACAUUUUAGCA